GCCGUUUCCGGAGUCUGCGCUGCGCCCGGUUCCGCCAUUGCGGCUCUCCUGGCCCCUGGAGCCUCCGCCCCCGACCCGAGCUGUUUCGUCCGCCUGCCAGUUUCCUGCGUCCCCGGAGAGGAUCCUGCCGAGCCCAGCCUUCCCCCUCCCCUUCUCCUCCUCUCCCUUGGAGAGCCCGGGCAGCCACUGCCCCGCAGCCCCAGUGACAGGAGGAGACCAUACCCCCCGACAGCGCCAUGGCCCAGAUUCUGCCAAUUCGUUUUCAGGAGCAUCUCCAGCUCCAGAACCUGGGUAUCAACCCAGCAAACAUUGGCUUCAGUACCCUGACUAUGGAGUCUGACAAAUUCAUCUGCAUUAGAGAAAAAGUAGGAGAGCAGGCCCAGGUGGUAAUCAUUGAUAUGAACGACCCAAGUAAUCCAAUUCGAAGACCAAUUUCAGCAGACAGCGCCAUCAUGAAUCCAGCUAGCAAAGUAAUCGCACUGAAAGCUGGGAAAACUCUUCAGAUUUUUAACAUUGAAAUGAAAAGUAAAAUGAAGGCUCAUACUAUGACUGAUGAUGUCACCUUUUGGAAAUGGAUCUCUUUGAAUACGGUUGCUCUUGUUACGGAUAAUGCAGUUUAUCACUGGAGUAUGGAAGGAGAGUCUCAGCCAGUGAAAAUGUUUGAUCGCCAUUCUAGCCUUGCAGGGUGCCAGAUUAUCAAUUAUCGUACAGAUGCAAAACAAAAGUGGUUACUUCUGACUGGUAUAUCUGCACAGCAAAAUCGUGUGGUGGGAGCUAUGCAGCUAUAUUCUGUAGAUAGGAAAGUAUCUCAGCCCAUUGAAGGACAUGCAGCUAGCUUUGCACAGUUUAAGAUGGAAGGAAAUGCAGAAGAAUCAACGUUAUUUUGUUUUGCAGUACGGGGCCAAGCUGGAGGGAAGUUACAUAUUAUUGAAGUUGGCACACCACCUACGGGGAACCAGCCCUUUCCAAAGAAGGCAGUGGAUGUUUUCUUUCCUCCAGAAGCACAAAAUGAUUUUCCUGUUGCAAUGCAGAUCAGUGAAAAGCAUGAUGUGGUAUUCUUGAUAACUAAAUAUGGUUAUAUCCACCUUUAUGAUCUUGAGACUGGUACCUGCAUCUACAUGAAUAGAAUCAGUGGAGAAACAAUUUUUGUUACUGCACCUCAUGAAGCCACAGCUGGAAUAAUUGGCGUAAACAGAAAGGGACAGGUUUUGUCAGUGUGUGUGGAAGAAGAAAACAUAAUUCCUUACAUCACCAAUGUUCUACAAAAUCCUGAUUUGGCUCUGAGAAUGGCUGUACGUAACAACUUAGCCGGUGCUGAAGAACUUUUUGCCCGGAAAUUUAAUGCUCUUUUUGCCCAGGGAAAUUACUCAGAGGCAGCAAAGGUGGCUGCUAAUGCACCAAAGGGAAUUCUUCGUACUCCAGACACUAUCCGUCGGUUCCAGAGUGUUCCAGCCCAGCCAGGUCAAACUUCUCCUCUACUUCAGUACUUUGGUAUCCUUUUGGACCAGGGACAGCUCAACAAAUACGAAUCCUUAGAGCUUUGUAGGCCUGUACUUCAGCAAGGGCGAAAACAGCUUUUGGAGAAAUGGUUAAAAGAAGAUAAGCUGGAAUGUUCUGAAGAACUGGGUGAUCUUGUGAAAUCUGUGGACCCUACAUUGGCACUUAGUGUAUAUCUAAGGGCUAAUGUCCCAAAUAAAGUCAUUCAGUGCUUUGCCGAAACAGGUCAAGUCCAGAAGAUUGUUUUAUAUGCUAAAAAGGUUGGAUACACUCCAGAUUGGAUAUUUCUGCUGAGAAAUGUAAUGCGAAUCAGUCCAGAUCAGGGACAACAGUUUGCUCAAAUGUUAGUUCAAGAUGAAGAACCUCUUGCUGACAUCACACAGAUUGUAGAUGUCUUUAUGGAAUACAAUCUAAUUCAGCAAUGUACCGCAUUUUUGCUUGAUGCACUGAAGAAUAAUCGCCCAUCUGAAGGUCCUUUACAGACGCGGUUACUUGAGAUGAACCUUAUGCAUGCGCCUCAAGUUGCAGAUGCUAUUCUAGGCAAUCAGAUGUUCACGCAUUAUGACCGGGCUCAUAUUGCUCAGCUGUGUGAAAAGGCUGGCUUACUGCAGCGUGCUUUAGAACACUUCACUGAUUUAUAUGAUAUAAAACGUGCAGUGGUUCACACCCAUCUUCUUAACCCUGAGUGGUUAGUGAAUUACUUUGGGUCCUUAUCAGUAGAAGACUCCCUAGAAUGUCUCAGAGCCAUGCUGUCUGCCAAUAUUCGUCAGAAUCUGCAGAUCUGUGUUCAGGUGGCUUCUAAAUAUCAUGAACAACUGUCAACUCAGUCUCUGAUUGAACUUUUUGAAUCUUUCAAGAGUUUUGAAGGUCUCUUUUAUUUUCUGGGAUCCAUUGUUAACUUUAGUCAGGACCCAGAUGUGCACUUUAAAUAUAUUCAGGCAGCUUGCAAGACUGGGCAAAUCAAAGAAGUAGAAAGAAUCUGUAGAGAAAGCAACUGCUAUGAUCCCGAGCGAGUCAAGAAUUUUCUUAAGGAAGCAAAACUAACAGAUCAGCUACCACUUAUCAUUGUGUGUGAUCGAUUUGACUUUGUCCAUGAUUUGGUGCUCUAUUUAUAUAGAAAUAAUCUUCAAAAGUAUAUAGAGAUAUAUGUACAGAAGGUGAAUCCAAGUAGACUUCCUGUGGUUAUCGGAGGAUUACUUGAUGUUGACUGUUCUGAAGAUGUCAUAAAAAACUUGAUUCUGGUUGUAAGAGGUCAAUUCUCCACUGAUGAACUUGUUGCUGAGGUUGAAAAAAGAAACAGAUUGAAACUACUUCUGCCUUGGCUAGAGGCCAGGAUUCAUGAGGGCUGUGAAGAGCCUGCUACUCACAAUGCCUUAGCCAAAAUCUACAUAGACAGUAAUAACAACCCGGAGAGAUUUCUUCGUGAAAAUCCCUACUAUGACAGUCGCGUUGUUGGAAAGUAUUGUGAGAAGAGAGAUCCACAUCUGGCCUGCGUUGCUUAUGAACGUGGUCAGUGUGAUCUGGAACUUAUUAAUGUUUGCAAUGAGAAUUCCCUCUUCAAAAGUCUGUCUCGCUACCUGGUACGUCGAAAGGAUCCAGAAUUGUGGGGCAGUGUGCUGCUGGAAAGCAAUCCUUACAGGAGACCCCUAAUUGACCAGGUUGUACAAACAGCUUUGUCUGAGACUCAGGACCCUGAAGAAGUGUCAGUAACUGUUAAGGCUUUCAUGACUGCAGACCUUCCUAAUGAACUCAUUGAACUGCUGGAGAAAAUUGUCCUUGAUAACUCUGUAUUCAGUGAACACAGGAAUCUGCAAAACCUCCUUAUCCUCACUGCAAUUAAAGCUGACCGUACACGUGUUAUGGAGUAUAUUAAUCGCUUGGAUAAUUAUGAUGCCCCAGAUAUUGCCAAUAUCGCCAUCAGCAAUGAGCUGUUUGAAGAAGCAUUUGCCAUUUUCCGGAAAUUUGAUGUCAAUACUUCAGCAGUUCAGGUCUUAAUUGAACAUAUUGGAAACUUGGAUCGGGCAUAUGAGUUUGCUGAACGUUGCAACGAACCUGCAGUCUGGAGUCAACUUGCAAAAGCCCAGUUGCAGAAAGGAAUGGUGAAAGAAGCCAUUGAUUCUUAUAUCAAAGCAGAUGAUCCUUCCUCCUACAUGGAAGUUGUUCAGGCUGCUAAUACUAGUGGAAACUGGGAAGAACUGGUGAAGUACCUGCAGAUGGCCCGUAAGAAGGCUCGAGAGUCCUACGUGGAGACAGAAUUGAUAUUUGCGCUGGCUAAAACAAACCGCCUUGCAGAGUUAGAAGAAUUUAUCAAUGGACCAAAUAAUGCUCAUAUCCAACAAGUUGGUGACCGUUGUUACGAUGAAAAAAUGUAUGAUGCUGCUAAGCUGUUGUACAAUAAUGUUUCCAAUUUUGGACGUUUGGCAUCUACCCUGGUUCACCUGGGUGAAUAUCAGGCAGCUGUUGAUGGAGCUAGGAAAGCUAACAGUACUCGAACAUGGAAAGAGGUCUGCUUCGCCUGUGUAGAUGGGAAAGAAUUCCGUCUUGCUCAGAUGUGUGGACUUCAUAUUGUUGUACACGCAGAUGAAUUAGAAGAACUUAUCAACUACUAUCAGGAUCGUGGAUAUUUCGAAGAGCUGAUUACCAUGUUGGAAGCAGCACUGGGACUUGAGCGAGCUCACAUGGGAAUGUUUACCGAAUUAGCCAUUCUGUACUCUAAAUUCAAGCCUCAGAAAAUGAGGGAGCACCUGGAACUGUUCUGGUCUAGAGUGAAUAUUCCCAAGGUGCUAAGAGCUGCAGAACAAGCUCAUCUUUGGGCAGAACUGGUGUUUUUGUAUGACAAGUAUGAAGAAUAUGAUAAUGCCAUAAUUACCAUGAUGAAUCAUCCAACUGAUGCCUGGAAAGAAGGGCAAUUCAAAGAUAUCAUUACCAAGGUUGCCAAUGUGGAACUAUACUACAGAGCAAUACAGUUCUACUUAGAAUUCAAGCCUCUGUUGUUAAAUGAUUUGCUGAUGGUGCUGUCUCCACGGUUGGAUCACACUCGUGCAGUCAAUUAUUUCAGCAAGGUUAAACAGCUACCACUGGUGAAACCAUAUUUGCGUUCAGUUCAGAACCAUAACAACAAAUCUGUGAAUGAAUCACUCAACAACCUUUUUAUUACAGAAGAAGAUUAUCAGGCUCUGCGAACAUCAAUAGAUGCUUAUGACAACUUUGACAAUAUCUCGCUUGCUCAGCGUUUGGAAAAACAUGAACUCAUUGAGUUCAGGAGAAUUGCUGCUUACCUCUUCAAAGGCAACAAUCGCUGGAAACAGAGUGUAGAACUGUGCAAGAAAGACAGCCUUUACAAGGAUGCAAUGCAGUAUGCUUCUGAAUCUAAAGAUACUGAGUUGGCUGAAGAACUCCUGCAGUGGUUUUUGCAGGAAGAAAAAAGAGAAUGCUUUGGAGCUUGCCUGUUUACCUGUUACGAUCUUUUAAGGCCAGAUGUCGUCCUAGAAACUGCAUGGAGGCACAAUAUCAUGGAUUUUGCCAUGCCCUAUUUUAUCCAGGUCAUGAAGGAAUACUUGACAAAGGUUGAUGCAAUAAAGGAAAAGGUGGAUAAAUUAGAUGCUUCAGAAUCACUGAGAAAAGAAGAAGAACAAGCUACAGAGACACAACCCAUUGUUUAUGGUCAGCCCCAGUUGAUGCUGACAGCAGGACCCAGUGUUGCCGUCCCUCCCCAGGCACCUUUUGGUUAUGGUUAUACUGCACCACCCUAUGGACAGCCACAGCCUGGCUUUGGGUACAGCAUGUAAGAGGAAAAGCUGAUCCUGUAGUCACCUAUUUUCGUACUGAAACAUCGUCUCUACCCACUUCUGUUUAUAAUGGAAACAGGCAACGUGUUCUUGUAACCUUUAUUUCAUGAAGGACUCCUUUUUGUUUCUAACUAUAAACUUGGAUCACCUAUGUUAAAACCUUAUUUCACAUUCCACAUCAUUUUAGAAUUUAUUUUCGAAUGGGAAUAGUUUCAAUGUUGGGCUUUUUUUCUUCCCCAUCAUUCUUUAAAGAACUGCUUAAUAUUCAAUCUGUUGUGAAGAACCCGAUUUGCACUCUGUAGUGUUUAAAGAAAGAAACUCUAAUAUUGAAUCUCUUAAAUGUAUGUAAACAGCUUACAAAUAUGUAUUGUCUAAAUGCAUUUAAAUCUGUUUUAUUCAGAGAAAAGCUAAAACAAAAAUACUGGCAUAUGACCAUGCAAGACUGUCAGUGCCAACAAAGACAACACUAAUCAGCAUAUCCUACAUUGGAUUGCAGUGCUCUCCAGAUAAUCUGAAAAAUGUUACAGACAACUUGCCUGAUUUUUAAAUGAGCAUAAAAGGUCCUCUAAAAAGGCCCUCUAACCUAUGCAGGUUUCCCCAUUACGCAUAUAGAAAAUGCUAGUAUGUUUUGCUCACUUCAUAUGUAACAGGUGCCCUUAUGUUGUGCUGUAUCCUGUGCUUUUUCUGUGGGACCAUUCCAUUCAGGAGCAAAGAGCACCAUGAUUCCAAUCUUGUGUGUGUUUACUAACCCUUCCCUGAGGUUUGUGUAUGUUUGGAUAUUGUGGUGUUUUAGAUCACUGAGUGUACAGAAGAGAGAAAUUCAAACAAAAUAUUGCUGUUCUUCAGUUUUGUUUGUGGAAUUUGAAAUUACUCAAAUUUAAAAUAAAUUACUGGACUGUGGAAAUAACAUAGAAUUGAAGUUUUAAUUAAAUACCACUCAAAGCAUAAUAAUAGUAGUUUUUGUAGUUUUAUAUUGGAUACCAAGGCAUUACAGGGAGGUAUGAAAGGAAGAGGAAUGAGAAGACACGUGAAGACAUUGUGAAUUCUGUCAAUGUGCAUUCCUGUAGUUCAUUAAUAAGGUACAUGCAAUAGUCUAAAGAACCAAGUCACUACUUUAGUGGGUUACAUUUAGUCUAUCCUCCAGUAUUUUAACCAAGCGACACUUGAGGUUUUUAUCUAAGCAUUUCACUUAAAUGAACAAACCAUGGCUGUUAUAUUAACUUGAAAUAAAAUAUAUUUAAACAUGUAA